AUGGACGUUGAACAGCUAGACCCCCGUGGCCGGACCCCUCUGCACCUGGCCGCCACGCUGGGCCACCUGGAGUGUGCCCGGGUUCUGCUGAGGCAUGGCGCCGACGUGGCCAAAGAAAACCAGAGUGGCUGGACAGUGCUGCAGGAGGCCGUGAGCACCCGCGACCUGGAGCUUGUCCAAUUGGUGCUGCGUUACCGGGACUACCAGAGGGCCAUGAAGCGCUUAGCUGGCAUCCCCAUCCUUUUGGAGAAGCUGCACAAGGCUCAAGAUUUUUAUGUGGAGAUGAAAUGGGAAUUCACCAGCUGGGUCCCCUUGGUGUCCAAAAUCUGCCCCAGUGACACAUACAAGGUGUGGAAGUGUGGCCAGAACCUGAGAGUGGACACGACACUGCUGGGCUUCGACCACAUGACGUGGCAGCGCGGGAACCGCAGCUUCAUCUUCAGGGGACAAGACACUAAUGCCGUAGUGAUGGAAAUUGACCACGACCGGCAAGUGGUGUACUCAGAGACUCUUGCCCUCGCUGCCAAUGACCGGGAGGGGCUCCUGGCCGCAGUCCAACCAACCGAAGAGCAGGUGAUGGGGCGGCUCACGACCCCCGUGGUCACCACGCAGCUGGACACGCGCAACAUUGCAUUUGAAAGGAACAAGACGGGUAUCCUGGGCUGGAGGAGCGAGAAGACAGAGGUGGUGAAUGGGUACGAGGCCAAGGUUUAUGGGGCUUCCAACGUAGAGCUCAUCACCCGGACGCGAACGGAACAUCUUUCAGAGCAACACAAAGGGAAAAUCAGAGGCAGCAAAACCCCCCUGCAGUCAUUCCUGGGCAUCGCCGAACAACACGUGGGCCCCAACAAUGGGGCCCUCAUCACGCAAACCCUGAGCCAGGCCAACCCCACCGCUAUCACGCCGGAGGAAUACUUCAACCCCAGUUUUGAGCUGGGGAGCCGGGACAUGGGGAGGCCGAUAGAACUGACCACCAAGACCCAGAAGUUCAAAGCCAAGCUGUGGUUGUGCGAGGAUCACCCGCUGUCGUUGGCCGAGCAGGUCGGCCCCAUUAUCGACUUGAUGGCCGUCAGCAACGCCCUCUUUGCCAAGCUGCGGGACUUCAUCACUCUCCGGCUGCCCCCUGGCUUCCCCGUCAAGAUUGAAAUCCCCAUCUUCCACAUCCUCAACGCCCGCAUCACUUUUGGGAACCUCAAUGGCUGUGAUGAACCCGUGGUCUCCAUUCGUGGCACCGGCAGCCCUGGCAGUGAUGCGCCCUCCCCCGGCAGUGACCGGUCCAGCAUCAGCAGUUCCAGCUCCCUCGGCUCCUGCCGGUGCUUCGACAUGGACCCGUCCUUGUUUGAGGCCCCGCGAGGCUACAGCGUGGUCGGGAGCCACCCGGAGCCCCUGCGGGAGGACGAGGACGACCUGCUUCAGUUUGCCAUCCAGCAGAGCCUGCUAGAGGCUGGGAGCGAAUACGAUCAGGUUACUAUUUGGGAAGCGUUGACCAACAGCAAACCGGGCACACUCCCUGCCUCCCAAGAGGGGAGCAAAACGGACAGGACGCCCCAGCACACGCCACUCCUAAGGCCUGCCACCCCCAAGCAGCCGGUGCCCACCAGGGGCAAAGGACCCAGCCCAGCUGUGCCCCCCAGUUACGUCGAACAGCUGCGCAUGGCCAUGGAGCUGUCCGCCAAGGAGCAGGAAGAGGUGGAACGGCGCUCACGCCAGGAGGAGGAGGACUUUGAACGGAUCCUGCGCCUCUCGCUCACCGAACAAUAG